AUGGGCUCUGCCGCUUCUUUUCUGAUACUCAAGGACGGGAUUGAAAGCUGGUCCUUCAAUUUUCUCAUCAUGACAAGGUGCCGGCCUCAUGGCCGGUCCAAGUUUGAUCAAAGGAAGCCAGGCAGGACCCCCUUGAGAAGCGCACUGCCAAUGGCUGAGCACACACCCGCUGCCUCGAGCCCCCCAGACCUUGACGCCGCUCUUCCCCUCCCAGACAUUCAACGCCUGGUCAUGAGCACGUUCAAGCAGGGGACUGUCAAGGGGGAGCGCCUCUUCCGCAGGAGCGUGGCAGUUGUGCGCGGGCUAGCUAGGAAAGCGUGCGGGUCAGCGGGCUACAGCUGGACAAAGGCCGCCCGGGACGGGGCCUCGCAGGUGGCCAUGCGGGGCUUAGAGGGGCUCCUGAGUGCUUCAGAGUCGUUUCUGCGCGAGGGCUUCAACCAUGUGGUUGCGGAAACUGCUGAAGCCUACCUGGAGGGGCUGAAGCACGAGGGCAAUGUGCGGGGUAGGUUGCAGGGCCGCAAGCGCAGAACCUCGGGAGUGAAGCGGGGUGCGCAGCGCAGCUACCGCGAGCAGCCGACGGAGGGGCUAGGUUCCCAACUAGAUCAUUUAGGGCCACACAGCCUCAGCUGCCACGGGUGCGGCGCCGGUGCAGCGUGGGGUCUUCGAGGAAGCAGGGAGGGCGGUAGUAUCAAAUACUUUUGCGAAACGCAUGCAACCUCCAGUGGCUGCUUUCGAGUCGACCCAGACCGUGCUGUCUGGGCAGCGGACCACGAACUGCGUCGCCUGAGAGCAAAAGCUAGGCGACUCGAGCAGGAGCUGCAAGAUCUUGGAGGGGCCCCGAAAGAUGCACCCAGCGCGCCACCCUUUGCAGCUUGGCAGGAGUCCGGAGGUAUGACGGACUGGGUUUCCAUGCCCAAGAGCCGGUCGCUUAUAGCGACGCUUCUCAUGAGGGGUGGGGUGGAAACCAAUCCGGGGCCUUCUCCACAUGAGAUUGCACGAGUCUGGCGGGAAGCUUAUCCAAACGCCGACCCCACCCUGCUGGAGUAUCUCUCACUUCACCAGUUCAAGUUGGCAGAGUGGAGAGCACUGCCUGCUCAAAGGCGCUCUAUCAUUCUGACCGGGCUGAAAGAGAAGUACAAAGAGCCAUGGGCAGUGGGCUGGAGCAUCUUCCUUAGAAGGGCAGCCGCUUCUACCAGUUCCGAUGUGGAUAUGGAGAAUGCAGAGAGCUGGGUGGAAGCUCAUCCGACUUUCCAUCCACCCCUGCUGGAGUACCUGGCCAACCAGAAAGUCCAAUUGGCGGAUUGGAGAGCGCUCCCCGCUGAAGCUCAACUUGAGAGCCUGACCGAGUUGAAGGCCCACCACCCAGCAUGGCUUAUCGGCUGGGAUCUCUCCCUGGAGGCUAUUGUUGCUGUGAGGAAGGGUCAGGAUGGAGAGGCGGGCCAACCUGAGGACAUGGAUAUGGGGGAUGCUGAUGAGAAUAACCAGAGUUAUGCACGGAGCGACAUCCUGGCGUUGCAGAACUUGGCAAACGUCUCAGAUACGGGCCUCAAGGAACCAGCUAGCUCGUCUGCCCCGCAUUUGGAGAAGAGCAGAGAUGCUGAUUGGUAUGUCGUACAAAGCCAAUGCGAAGCUCUGAUUAACCGAGCUAGGGGUGCACUUGCAAAGCUGCAAAUAGAGCCGCAGAUUGCCUGCUUCCAGAGCCCCUCUGAGCUUCCGCAUGCCGCAGCAAUCAACAAGAACAAGAUUCCCCUGGCAAGGGGAUUGCCCAGUUUCCUAGUGGACCGUCUGCCAAGCCCUGUCUUCAACAAUGUGACGUGGACGCAAGCUGCGGAGCUUCUCGACGGGAUGAAAGAGAGGCACACAUUUCAGAACCUUUCCGUAACAAGCUUUAUGGCUGCCUCUGGCUACGGGAAGACAAGGACUGCGCUAGAAAUGGGCUGCCUGCGGCCAGGUGUCCUCUACUUCAGCUGCUGCGGCCCAGAAGAGGUCGGCUCGAGAGAUUUGUGGGAAAUGCUGGGCCGCCUCAAGGUCACGUGCAAGGAGGGCUCCAGGUUCUGGGAGAGCAACCACGAGCGGGUGCAAAAGCACGUGUACGCUAUGCUGCUUUCGCGCCUGAAGCACCUCAGCGAGUGCCUCUCCUUAGGAUGUGACCCCCAGCAGUGGCUGCGCUACCAGCUCGUGGUCUAUCAGGGGCAGCAGGACACCUUUGCGGAGGCGUACAAUGUGCUGCGGCAUGCGUCACUCAAGGACCUCCAAGAGCUCGUCACCGCCGAACUAGAGGCUUGUCUGAGCACCUUGAUGGCUGACGGGGUCGAGUUCCUGAUUCUGGUGUUGGACGAGGCUCAGCUCUGGGCAGAAGAGCUCCCUGGCAUGUUCUCGAAUGGGGCCGUCAAAGGGCAGCAAGAGGGGCGGCCCUUGCUGUCAGCCUUCCUUGCUGUUAUCGCCAGCGAUCCUGUCCUCGUCAAGAACAUCCACGUCGUGCUUUCGGGCACUGGGUUGUCAUUGUCACAAAGCAUGCUCGUAGCUUCAGCCUUAAUGAAAGUGGGAAGCAAGCCGUUCCCUGUUGUCGACUUUGGAACUUUCAACGAUGCAUCCGCACGCAAGUAUCUGGGGGACUAUGCGGGUCCGCAGGACAUUCCAGAACACGACCUGCUUUUCCUUGUUGGGAGGAGACGGUUCGCAGCUAGGGUUGUGCUGGACUGGGCGCAGAGCGGACAGGAGAGCAUUCUGACUUGUCUUAGAUCGUUAGUCCGGCAGCACACAACAAAGGAAGGAAGGGAACUCUUCUUGGCGAACGAGCGCAGGGACGUGUACGAACGCCACUUCCUCUACGGCCGCCUUGGUGCUUUGUUGAAGCGAGGGGCAGAGGGAAUGAAGCUGCUUGACCUACUGAAGCGGGUUGCCUUUGCCCACGCAAGGCUGGGGGGCCCCUGUUUGUUCCUGCACCACCAGGAGUUCGACCUGGUGGAUCUUGGUUUUGUGAAACUGCACCACUCAGGGAAGCACCGCAUUGUGGCCUCAAUCGAGGAGCCCCUUGCGGUCAGGGCACUGUUCAACUUUUUGGAAACGGAGCUCAAAUGGAGUGCCAAGGAACACGCGCUGACUCUGAUGGCGCAGAGCCAACCCUUUCCAGCCAUGCUGGGGCAGUGGUUCGAGGUGGUGGCUCCCGACCAGCUUCCCCAGCUCUUUCAAACGGAGGGGGCUCUAGCGGAUGCGCCGCUCUUCAGCAACCUCAAAAGCGAGCUGCCGGAGUGCUUUCGGAGGGAGGGUGCAAGUUUGGCGCGAGUCCAAUUGGCUCCCGAUGGCAAAUACAGCUUUAGCACAGUGGCUAAACCGACAGGGUUAGACGCCCCAGUGCGUCUAGCGACCAAGGGCAGGGGCGUGCUGGCGUGGCUGCGAGACCCCGGUGGCAUCGUCUGGUUCUUUCCUGAGACGAGCGCCGGGCCAGACCUUCUCUUUUUCGUGGUUGUUGGGGGUGCCCUCUACCUUGUGGUCUGCCAGCUAAAGCUCCGGUGGAAGUUGGACAGCCUAGCCAGGGCCAUCCAAACGGUCGACCCCAGGUAUCUUUUUGAGGGGAAGGUAAACAAGGAGGAGUUGCGAGAAGUAGCACACGAGGCGCUUCGCGCAGAGAGGGGGGUGGACGGGGUUAUCAGCCUUUUAAUCGGAUAUCCUCUCAGAACCCGGAUGAGAGAAUUUGUUCCCAAGAAGUCUUCUGCUGAGGAGGAGGAUAGAAAGAGGAAGAGCAAAGAGGAGGUGGAUGACAUGGUGGAGCCGUCUGUCCGAAUUGUGAUUGAUGGAAAGCGAAAGACAGAACUUCUUCCAAAGGAGCUGAGAAAGUUUUUGGAUGCGGCAAAAAAUUACGGAGAACUCGAGGCAGAGGAGGACGACUUAAAGGAGGCCGAGGAAGUGGAGGCAGAAGAAGGCAGGUGACAGGCGAACCCGGGCUAAGAUCGUCCAAGCGUCCAGUUCGAGCGACUCUGAGGCUGAGCUGAAGUUGAGCGGUAUGGCAUGUCGAGCACAGCAGACUCGCUGCUGUGCACAGUGCUUGACGAAUAGGUCGAAAGGACGAUGCGGGAGUCGAUGGCACAGGCUGAAAAGGGGAAGGAGUUAGCGGAAGAAAAGGCAGGCGGACGCAUGUGAGCAAGAACUUGAGAAGGAUUGAAUCCAAAGUGGAGAGACAGAGCGUGGUUGAGGACCCACCCGCACGGUGUCCAUGUGUAAGGUGCCCGUAUGGAAACCAUGCCAAUAAGUCCACAUGAGAACCUUGUUUUCAAUAGUCGCGUGGUUUCUAUUCGCUUUCCAAGAUGAGCACG